AUGGAGAUCAAGAACCUUGCUCUGCGCCCAGCUGCUGAUGCGGUUGAUGAAUACGACAGCGAUAUGGAGGCCGAAUGGAUCCAGACACCAUCUGUUGAUACUGUAGCAGACGAAGAUGAGAUUCAGAUAGAUCCCAACGGUGAUUUGCUACUGCGAAUCGGGACCGAUCCUUCCUCUGGCGAUACUAGAUCAUACCGCGUUUGCUCCAACACAUUACAGCGCUCAUCACCCUUUUGGAGAAGGUCGCUCUACGAGACGGUUUCCGAGAUCAGAACGCACGAUGGCGAAUGCUGGGAAUGCACCCCGUCGCUCUACGCUUGUCAAUUUGACAAGUCAUCUGGCCUGGUUAUCCUUCUCAACAUCAUCCAUUCCAAGUUCUACCAAGUACCAAGAGAUCCUACUCUCACGGAGAUCUAUAACACCUUGUGUCUCGCAAGCUCAUACGAAAUGGAGCAGGUUCUACAACCGUGGAUCACGCAGUGGUAUGGAGUAUUGAAGAGUGCGGAAACUAGUCGAAACGGACAUGACCUGGGGAUGUUGGCCUGCAUGGCUUGGACACUAGGCGAUGAGAGGCUCUUCUCAAGAACAAUCAUCAAGAUUGCCCUCACUUGUGUCGCCGACAACGAGGGCCACAUGGUGACUACUGAAGGAGUUCGUUUGGACAACUACAUCCACGACUCUCUCGGCUCACCCAUGAUAUCUGGUAUUAUCUAA